CUGGAGAAAAAAAGGACGCUAACUAUGUUUAAGACAAGGCUACAUAUAGCCCAUUUUCGGAUUGUGUACCACUUGUAAUGGUGUUAGCUCACCCAUGAACUCGGCUACACAAACCCCAACUCAUAGACCUCGGCAUUGCCCCCAUCCUCCCCCGAACUUCUUUCAAUUUCCAAUUGCACAUUACUACCUACUACCCAUUUAACGAAUCUUUCUUAUAUAACGCCGCCAUCAUGAGCAACGCAAACCCCGGAGCUGGCUUCGAGUACCCCGCCGUCGAGGUGUCAUGGCUUAAGCGCGACGUCCUCCUCUUCGCAACCAGCAUCGGCUGCACAGUCGAUGAGCUGCAGUUUCUCUACGAACUCCACCCCAAAUUCGCCGUCUUCCCAACCUACCCAAUCCUCCUCCCAUUCAAAAACACCACCCAAGAGGUAAUCGACUUCUACGCCUCCCAAGCGCAAACCCCCAUCCCCGGCAUCCCCAAAAUGGACGCCCGCCGCGUCCUGGACGGCCAGCGCUCCAUGACCUUCCUCAAGCCCCUCCCGCCUACCUCGGCAGGCAAGAAAUUCGAGAUCCGCGCCAAGGUCCUGGGCGUGUACGACAAGGGGAAGGCUGGGACUGUCGUCGAGACGCAGCAGGAUCUCGUGGAUGCGGGGACGGGAGAGGUGUAUACGACAGCUGUUGGGUCGGGAUUCUACGUCGGACAAGGCAACUGGGGCGGCCCCAAGGGCCCAGCGACUGUCAACUUCCCACCCCCAGACCGCGCACCAGACGCAAUCCUCGAGCACCAAACCACCGCCGAAUCCGCACACCUCUACCGUCUUAACGGAGACUAUAACCCCCUCCACGCGACCCCCGAGCCAGGAAAGGCAAUGGGUUUCGGCGGCGCUAUCAUGCACGGGCUUUCGAGCUGGAAUUUCACGGCGAGAGAUAUUCUGAGGAGGUUUGGGGGGAGCCAGCCGGAGAAUCUGAGGGAGUUUCAGGCGAGGUUUGCGAGCCCGGUUUUGCCGGGGAAUAAGCUUGUGACGAAGGCGUGGAGGACGGGGGAGGUGAAGGGGGGGUUUGAGGAGAUUAGGUUCGUGACGCAGGUUGAGGGGGGGAAGGUGUGUUUGAGUAAUGGACGCGCGCUGGUGAGGAUUGUUGAUGGGAAGGCUGGGAGUAAGUUGUAA